AUGUCCGUCGAGGAUCUUCUUAUCCACUUCCAGUAUGUCGAAGACGAUGACAACAACAGACAUAAUAAACAGUUCUACAUCCCUGGAGAGGAGGUCAAGGGAAUAGUAUAUCAGUCCUCGGAAAUCUACCUAGAAUCAGCUAAACGGUUGCUUGACGUUGGCUACGACAACGCGAUAGAGCUGAAGCCCGGCCUUCAUCAGUUUGGGUUCAAGUACCUCCUGCCUUCCGACAUUCCCUCCUCUUUCACUGGCAUCUAUGGACAGGUCACGUAUUUAGCAAAGGUCAAGCUGGACUGCGAGGACGCCAGAAACACAACACUCAGCAGUGAACCGUUCCUUGUCCUCCGACGGCCGGAGCUGCCUGUCGAGCUGUACAGCGAGAAACACCUCAAGAAAAGUCGUUUCUUUUUUGGUUUACAUUCUGGAAAGGUCAAAGUGACAUGCACGAUCGACAAGUCUGCGGCAAUUCCCGGGGACAACAUCAUUAUCGACGGUGAGGUGACCAACUGGACUGGCAAAGAGAUCACUCUCAUUCAGGCCUCUCUGAUCCUCGAAAGCCACUACUAUGCCGAAGAACACGAGAUUGCUUUCAGACAGUACCUCAGCAAACGUGACGACGUAUACGAUGUCACCUUGCGAUCUGGUAGGCGUUGGCGACAUAUUUAUUUACCUGUCCCGCCAUUUCUGCCAGAUUCUGGGCUCGAACAUUGCCAAAUUAUCAGUAUCAAAUAUAUCUUUCAGUUCAAGGUGAGGAUCGAAGGCAAGGAAGACGUGGUUCUAGAGACUCCACUGUUCGUAGGGAAACACUCGCCACAGUUUGGACCUGCAGGCAGAGACCUCAUGCUGGGGAAGAUGUGGCAAGGUCUGGGAGCUCCAGAUGAUGACCCGUCCUCCAAGGAUCUGCCCUGGUACGGAGGCAAAUCCAUUUACACGGAAAGUGUCAAUGGGGACUUCUUUGAUGUUCGAUCUUAG